AUGUUAACUGAUUUAGAUAAUUUAAACUUACCAGACGAUUAUAUUUAUGUCACAAAAAAUAGAAAAAAAUUUAAAAAAGCAUCAGGUGGAAUAGUUGUUAUUUAUAGAAAGAGUUUAGAAAAAGAGUUGAAUUUCUAUAAUACUGAGAGUCAAUUUGUUUUAUGGUUUAAACUUUCGAAAUCAAUUUUGUCACUUAAUUCAGAUGUAAUUUUUGGUUGUGUUUAUGUACCACCUGAAAACUCUAAGUAUUCUACUAUAGAAGCUUUUGAAGAAUUGGAAAAUGAAUUGAAUAUCCUUACAAACACUGAAAAUUUUUAUAUUGCCCUAGUUGGCGAUUUUAACUCAAAAACUGGGUCUUUACCCGAUUAUAUUAUACCUGAUGAGUCAGUUGUUAGUAUGUUUGAUUUAGAUUGUGAUGCUGAUAUAUUAGAUUAUUUGUAUGAUUAUGAGAAUCUGACUCGAAACAAAAUCACCUUACAAAGAGUGUCUCAGUGUACAUGUAGACCUAAUAAGUAUGGUCAUAGACUACUUCAGGCCACAUUUAGUAAAUCAGAUUCAAUUGUUAUCAACAAUAGAAAUGAUAAAACUUUUGUCAGGUGGAAAAGUGAACAGAAAUCUGAAUACGUUGAUCGAAUUCACAAUGAUCCCAAAGGUAUUUUGACCACUGUUAUGAAUAAACUGGACAAAUUGUCCGUAAAUAAUGAUGCAACUCAAAAUGAUAUAAACAAUAUAGUUUUAGAUAUCAGCAAAAAUUUUAAAGAUGCGGCAGCAGAAACGUUUGGGAAAGUAAAUAAACAUAAACAUUUUUACAAACAUGAAAAUUCAAAACCUUGGUUUAAUAGAAAAUGCUCGAUGAGUAGAAAAAAAUUUCAUAAAGCUCGAAAGAGAUAUAGUUUUUUGAAAAAUGCUGAAAACAGAAGUAAAAUGAGACAAGCUAGUAAAGAACAUAAAAUAACAUUAAAUAAAUCUUUUGCAAACUAUCAACAGAGAGCUGCUGAUGAGUUGCGUAACAUCUCUAAAAAGGAUACAAAAGCUCUAUGGAAAAUCCUUAAUAAUCUAAAUGAUAGUAAAAAAAAAGAUAACAAUGACGAUAUUUCUCUAAAAGCAUUGUAUGAUCAUUUUAAAAUAUUAAAUGAAACUGUUGAGACAGAAAAUGAUUUCGAACAAGAUUUGGAAUUUGAUACUCUACCAGACGAUGUUGAGUUAUUUUUAAACUGCCCAGUAACAGAAGAUGAAAUUAAAAAAGUUGUUUCAAACUUAAAAAAUGACAAAGCUUCAGGUAGUGAUGAAAUUUUAAAUGAGUAUAUAAAGAAUACAAUUGACGAUUUAAUGCCAAUUUACGUUAAGCUAUUCAAUUUGAUUUUAGAUACUGGAAUUGUUCCAGACAGUUGGUCUAAUGGAAUCAUGAUUACUAUAUUUAAAAAUAAAGGAUCAAGAUCUGAUCCCGAAAUGUACAGAGGAAUCACUUUGAAUUCAUGCUUUAGUAAAACUUUUUCUGCCAUGUUGAAUUACAGGUUAAAUAAUUAUGCAGAUCACGUAGACCUGAUUUCAAAGGCACAAGCAGGUUUUCGUAGAGGAUUCUCUACUGUUGACAAUAUAUUUAUGAUACUGCGCUAUUGUCUGAAAGUGCAGAAGGAUUACAAAAAACCCUUGUAUGUUUUGAAGAAUAUUGUAAAAAAUGGAAGCUUAAGAUUAACACAAGCAAAACCAAAGCAGUGA